AACACAACAUCCACACUCACUCUCGAGAAAAAAAGUAGCGAAGGAGCUUUAUUGUGUGAGUGAGUGGUAAAGUACGUUUUCCUUCAACGUUCCAAUCUGUCAAAGUCCCAGGGCGCACAAAUUAAAUUCCAAAGCCAAAGUAAAGAAUAAGGAGCUGUGAACAGAGAAGACGCCACGAUUAGUGAAGCGGAACGCAGAUUGAGAAAGGGUUUUGCUUUUUGAAGAAUCGCGUUCGGAGUCAGAGAUGGAGUUAUCGACUCCCAAUUCCUCCAAACCCUUAUCCAUUACGCCUGGUUCUAGGGUUUUGAAAAGCCCUCUCACUGAUGAACAGAUCUGGAAGCGCCUUCGCAACGCUGGCUUCGACGAGGAAUCAAUUAAGCACAAGGACAAGGCUGCCCUCAUAGCUUAUAUCGCUAAGCUCGAAGCUGAGAUAUACGAUCACCAGCACCACAUGGGUCUUCUCAUAUUGGAGAAAAAGGAUUUGGCUUCAAAAUAUGAACAAUUAAAAGCCUUGGCUGAAUCAUCCGAGUUAAUGCAUAAACAUGAUUCUGCAAUGAAUAAAUCUGCAUUAACUGAAUCAAGGAAACGUGAAGAAAAUUUGAAGAAGACUGUAAGCAUCAAAGAUGCAUGUAUCGCUAGUCUUGAGAAGGCCUUGCAUGAGCUGCGUACAGAAAGUGCUGAAAUAAAGGUUGCAGCCGAGAGUAAAUUUGCUGAAGCAAGCCAAUUGAUAGACGAAGCGCAGAAAAAAAUUACAGAUGCUGAAGCAAAGGUGCGUGCUGCAGAAUCUCUGCAGAUGGAGGCUAACCGAUAUCAUAACUCUGCUGAGAGGAAGCUUCGUGAUGUUGAAGCCCGUGAAGAUAAUCUCAGGCGGCAGCUAAUGUCUUUCAAGGCUGAUUGUGAUGAAAAAGAUAAGGAGAUGAUUCUUGAGAGGCAAUCCCUUUCUGAAAGGCAAAAGGCUUUGCAACAAGAACAGGAAAGAUUACUUCAAUCACAAUCCUUGUUCAACCAGAGAGAGGAACAAUUUUUGAGUAGAUCCCAGGAACUAAAUCGUCUUCAAAAAGAGUUGGAGGACACAAAAGCAGAAGUUGAAAAGGAACGUGAAGCCCUACAUGAUGAGAAAACCACUCUAAAAUUGAAGGAAUCCACUUUAAUGCAUCGUGAGGAGGAACUUACUAAAUGGAAAACUGAGCUGAGUAAGAAAGAACAAGAGUUACUUGAAUUUCAAGCGAAACUUUCUAAUAUAGAAUCUGAUGAAACUCAGAAAGUUAUUGCUGGUCAGGAAGCCGCACUGAAAACUAAAGAAUAUAAUUUGGAAGUUGAGCUACAAAUGAAGCGCAAAGUGGUUGAAUAUGAUAUUGAGACAAAGAGACGGGCUUGGGAGUUGAAGGAGGUUGAUCUUAAACAUUAUAAGGAUGAAAUUCUGGAAAGGCAGCAUGAUUUGGAAGUUUUGUCAAGGUCACUGAGUGAGAAGGAGAAGGAUCUGAAGGAUCUGUCAAGUGCUCUUGAAGAAAAAGAUCAAAGGUUGAGUGCUGCUGAGAAGGAGUUUGAGCUAAACAAAGUGCUUUUGCAAAAGGAGAAAGAUAAUAUUGAACAAGCAAAGCAAGAUCUGCAGAAGUCGUUGGCAUCACUGGAAAAGAAAAUAAGAGAAGUUGACAUUGACAAGGAGAGACUUGAGGCUGUGAAAAGUGAAACUGGCGAGUUGUCAAUUUUGGAAGUGAAACUAAAGGAAGAGAUUGACCUUGUCAGAUCUCAGAAGUUGGAGCUUUUGGCUGAGGCAGACAAGCUCAAAGCUGAGAAGGCAAAGUUUGAAGUUGAGUGGGAGCUUCUUGAUGAAAAAAAGGAAGCGUUGCAGAAAGAAGCAGAAUUCAUAGCAAAGGAAAGGGAGGCGGUUUCCACUUUUAUUAAGAAUGAGCGUGACCAACUAAGAGAAGAGAAAGAAAAUUUGCGUAAUCAGUACACCCAAGACUUGGGGUUUCUUGCCAGUGAACGUGAAAACUUCAUGAACAAGAUGGCACAUGAACAUGCUGAGUUGUUUGGCAAGAUGCAGCAAGAGCGGGCAGAUUUCUUGCGGGACAUUGAAAUGCAAAAACAGGAGCUGAAUAACCUCAUUGAGAAGAGACGCGAAGAAGUUGAAAGUUAUUUGAAGGAAAGAGAGAAGGCUUUUGAGGAAGAAAAGAACACUGAACUUCACCAUAUUAAUGCUCGUAAGGAGAAAUUGACAAAAGAGUUGGAACAGGUUUCCUUGGAAAUGAAAAGGCUUCAAACUGAGCGGGCAGAAAUAAAUUUGGAUCGCGAGAGGAGAAAUAGGGAAUGGGCUGAACUUACUAAGUGUAUUGAGGAACUUGAGGUUCAAAGGGACAAGCUCCAAAAACAGAGAGAACUGUUGCAUGCUGAUAGAGUUGAAAUUUUUGCUCAAACUGAAGAAUUGAAAAAAUUAGAAGAUUUGAAAGCUGUCUCUGAUGAUAAUGCUAUCACUGAAAUGCUUAAAUCUGAUAUGGAGUCUAGCCAAAAGAAAAUAUCUUCAAGGAAGAACUCGAAGCGUCAGACACCUCUCACACAUGGUGGUGAUAAAAUUAGCAAUGGGUUUGAUACUCCACUUGUGGAGAAGUCAUCUGCUGGAUCUCCUCCUAGCCCUGUUCGAUUCUCAUGGAUAAAACGGUGCUCCGAGCUUAUUUUCAGAAAUGCUCCUGUGGUUUCUGAUACAGAUAAUGGGAGCAGCAGGCAAAAGCAGUUGGAAAAUGACAAACCACUUGGUAUUGGCAAGGGACAACAAACUGGAUUUGCUUUUGAAGAACCUAAAGUAAUAGUUGAGGUACCCUCUCGAGAUGAUGCUAGAAGACGUGAGAUUGAAUCUGAAGCGAAAGAUGUGAAUGGAAAAAGUGCUCUCUUGUUUCCAGAUGGACAUCUUGUAGGCAGACGGAAAAGAGGGAGGGGAAACAUGACUAGUAAAGUUGGUGAUCCACUAGUUGAUCUGGGGCAAAAUAAGAAAUCUAGAGCGGAAGAACAAACAACUGAAAAUCCUAUUGACCAGGGCACUACACGCGGUGUUGUUUCAACCCAAUCAGAUGUCAUGAAGGUCCAGCAGGUGUUAACAUCAUCAAAUCAAACGCAGGGUAACACUGAAGAAACUCGUGUUGUAAUGGUUGAUAAGGUUAUUCAUGUGUCAGAAGUGACUUCUGAGAAAGUUGAUGCUCCCCCUAUCCACAGUCGAGAUCCAAGAGAUAAUCCGCAAAAUCCUGCAUUGGGAGUAGAUCAAUAUGGAGAGACAAUUGAUAUAAUAAAUUCUAAAACUAAACAGAAAGAUAUUUUACCCCGUGUCUCAAGGGUAUCGGGAAGCACCGAAGAAAUAUCCAAAAGAAACAAUGAGCAGGUUUCUGAGAACUGCUAGUGUUAGGGAUUGCAGGUGAUGGCUAUGAGUACUAGUACUGGUAAUUGGUGUGGUUAAGAUAAGUAUAUAUUGGGAGUGUAUGAGGAUGUCAUAGGGAAUGGAUUCUUCAUUUGUUAGUGACUUGGAGAUGUGUAGAGCUAACUAGGUGAUGUCUUCUUUGUGUACACAUUUAAUGGAUGCAGUUGCAGAUUGCUAUUAGGGUGGGGUAAAUUGUUGAUACCAUAGAGUUCGGAUAAUAGGGAUGUUAUGUACUCCAAAGAGUAAAAGAAAGUGAUAAAAAAAAGGAGAAAUGAGAAGUUAGAAGAGCCAAGGGUACGUUACUGUCCAGAAGUGUUGGUUGCGGGUCAGUGAGUUAUUCUGGCAUUGUUUUGUUUGUCGUGUUUAAGCCCUCCAGAUUGAGUUUUUUUUACUUACGCUGAAUGUCAUCGUGUAGUCGUCAAUAGUGAUUUUGCUUGCGUCAUCAAACACGGUGGUUAAAAUCAGAUAUGCAUCCGAAGCUUGUGUCAGGCUGGUUCUAUA